AUGAAUCGUUGGCUGAACAGGAAGAAGGAUGGCAGUGAGGAUGUGGCCGCUGCAAAGAAGACAAAGAAGGGCAAGAAGGGUCAGGAGGAGCCCAAACCAGAGUUCGAUCUCAGUGCCGCGCUUCCCAAGGCAGACGACUUCCGGACAAGUCUAAUCAUGCCUGGCCUAUCUACCCGCUUCAGCAUGUUGAAGGAGCAAGACGACCCAGACUCCAAGAUCGGUAAGGCCAGCGACGACAGUGUACUACAACCGAAACGCCAAUCACGCCUCCACGAGUUUGGUUUCGUCCCUGGUGGCCUCUCCGAUAUUGCCGAAGUCUCCUCCCUCAAUGGCUCUAUUCGACCGCCCUUUGCAAACGAGCGAACCAAUUCCUUCGACAGCAGCAGAGACGACGAUGGCUCCGGUAGCAUGAUGAGCAGAGCUAGACCUGGCGAGGGCAACGUCUUGUUUGGAGGAAGGCAGAAGAUCUACAUGAUCUCCAACAGUAACGCUAAGGGUACUGGACGGACACUAUACGACGACGACGUCAACAUGUCAGCAUACCAACGACUUCGACAAGAGGAAAAGGAAAGGCUGAGGCAACAAGCGGAGGAAAACGAGGGACAGCAUUCUGAGCCAUCUAGCCCUACGGAGCUCAGUCGUAAGAGGGAGACUUCAUCAUCCACCAACUCGGGCACAGUGAACACGCGUACGUCCACGGCUGCGACAUCAAUAGCAUCACAAGGUACCAACUCCGUAACAGCGUCCUCUCCUGCCUUCCCGCCCGCAGGUGCCCCUAUGACAUCCCCCGAUCUCAGUAAAUCGACGACGAAACGGAGACUCUACGAUCAAGGACUGGACCAGCAAAUUCAAGAGCAACAGUCCUCAGCCAUGAACCGUCUCAAUUCCAUACAACGGGCACGUGCGCCAACCGGUCGAUCAACACCACCAAUUUCCAUAGCGCAAGCACGGUCUGCCACCAAUCUCAGCGAUCGCUUCGCUAGAGGGCCAGGCUUCCGCUCAGAUAGCCCAAACUCGCUCCAAUACCCGGGCGUGAGCAGGAAUAACUCCUCUGGUGCGUCGAGUCCCGUCCUCGCUCGUCCACAAUCGCCGGCUCUGGCGAGUCCCGUCAUUAGCGACAGCGAGGAGGCACACACUCUCAAUGCAGCACUUCAGCCCAAUGAUCGAGGCAAGGCCACGGCCAUGGGAACUUUCAAUAAACCUAAGGCAGCUUUUAGCGAAGAGCAAUAUGCAGAGCGCUUGCGCCAUAUGCAACAGGACCGCGAAGGACGCAGCACACCGACUAAUAAAGUCGAAAAGUCCCCGCCGCGCAAGCCUACUUUGAGAGAGCGUGCAGAACAGCAGAGGCGCAAGCGAGCUGAAAGUGACGCAAAGGAGCGGUCGAGCUCUGAGUCGACUGCUGAGCCCAGUCAAGCACCGUCUGCAUUCUCCAGGUUUCAAGCUGCCGCAAGCCAAAUGAGAACCGCAGGCCCAGCAACACCGAGCUCACCACCAACACAACGUCUCCCAGAAGUCCCACGUCAGCGCUCAGAUAGCAACAAGGCAACUUUCUUCAGCUCGCCCGAUUCCAGUGAUGCAGAGGAAGAGGCCCCCAAACCGACGGUUCCUCAUCCGAUGGAGCCCACCCGCCGAUUUGACAACCUUCCUGUGGCGACUGGACCUGCACCUUCAAUAUUUGAGCAUCCUGCUCUCCGCUCUCGAACAACAUCUGAGGAAGAAGUAUCUCGGACAGGUCCUGCGUCGUACAGCCCUGCGCUAACCCAAGAAGCGUCUCCUCGUCCUGAUGAGACGGUCAAGGUGGACGGUACGGAGGUUGACUCCCCAACAUUAGGUCCUGACAACGGCGGACUCAGUGGAAUGAUACGGCAGCACCUCCGUAACAUGAGCAAUGUGUCUUCAAACUACGGUGAACCAGGCCCACCAAUGAUGAGCCCACCGAUGGGACUUGCCAUCCAUACGCAAGAGUUCGGCCUCCAACGCCGCCAGCCAGGAUCCGAAUCAGUCACACCCGCACCAUCGACCUACAGCCAUUCCAACCCAUGGGACUUGGAUGACAUUGACAACCCGUACCGCGACGAGAGUGGCAAGAUGAACUCAGAAGAUUCGAUCAACGGACAGGAUGCGACACCUCUUGUCAUGAGCGCUACCGAACCAAAUCCUGCGGCUCCUUGGGACCUUACUCCGCGAAGGACCCACGAACGAAUUGCCAGCAAUGAGACAGAGGCUGACCACGAGGCUUUCCAGCGGGAUCUCGCCCAGAGGCAGCGCUUAAUACAGGAAAGCCUUCGUGCAAGGGCUGAAGGUCGGUCAACAAGCCCAGCACCUGGCGGACCCUCAGGCGGAUUGAAGACUGCUUUGAACAUGCUCCGUGCAAAGUCGAGCCGGGAAUCAUUCGCCACAGUUGAUGUUUCAAACAAAUCGGUGAGGAAGCUUGCUCUUGGGGGAACUUCAGCGAAUGUUAGCAGCACCUCGCUCGUUGGCCUUCAAGGUGACGUGCCUCCACUGCGACCAAAGCAGUCUCGAGUACUGCAGCAAAGUGAGCAGGACGCACAACGAGAGUUGGAACAUCGACAGCGAUCAGCAACAGAAAGCAGCCGGACUGGUCGCCCAACAGGCAGGUCUCCACAAGCAUCGACCAGAAGUUCAACACGAGAGCGCUCAAGCUCAGGAACAUCAUCAGGCCGCUCUCGAAGCCGCCCUCGCCCUGAUCAAUACCGUGACGAUCUCGAUCAGGCGAUGACCGAGGGAUCCCGUGGCGCGUAUCCUCCUAAUACAAUGCCAUCACUUCCUGGUUACGUCGCUCAUCCAACACCCCCACUUCCUGCUGAAAGGCCAUCACUGGAUUCUCAGGGUCGUAUGCGAUCGCGUAGCAACAGUAAAACUGCUGCAGCAAAUUACUUCGAAUCCAAGCAUCUUCACCCCAUCCAAACCAACACUGGAUCAAGCCAGAACUCUCGCCUCCCUCCUCCACAAGGCAAGUUCUCCCCGGGAAUACCAAUUUCUCCACGACCGUCCCCAGGUGGCUUCAAUAAUGGCAGCGCCAACGCCUUCUCGCACCCAACCUCUCCAGUACCUCCGUUCUCCGCCAACCAUACUCCUCCCGUCUCAAACCCCACCACUCCCAGCACAACUGCUUUCAACCCAAGUACUGUGCAGCCAUUGACUAAGACUGGAGUGCUACGGAAGAAGUCAAUCGCGAAGUCUGAGAUUUCAGAGCCUGUCUUUCUCUCCACAACAUCUUCUAUUGACACGAUCAACCUUCCAGCUGGUGCUUCUCUGAAGAAUGGUAUGGAGAAUGACGCACCGCCCGUUCCGCCAAUCAACCCUAUGAGGAGACGUUUUGGAUUCGGUCGCGGUGAGAGUUCAAGCCCGACAGGACCAUCACCUUACGAUCCUGCCGUACAGCCUGGUAUGGAGGCACCGCGAGCCCCUUACGGCGAGCCCCUCCGCACAAACUCGUCUGACGGACUGAUGAACCAGUCCCAGCAACCAAAAGGCAGGUUGCGUAAGGCGUCAAGCGAAGGCAGAAGUCUACGUGGAAACGCCCAGAGCCAGUUUGGACCAUCUCCAGCUAUGCCUCAAAACGGGUUCACUAUGCGCAACAACUCGCCUCCACGUCCUACAAACGGCCCUGCUGGUAGCCAACAGCCUAUGGAAGGAGGCAUGUUUUAG